AUGAAUUACGUUGUGUUUGUUAUUUUACUCGUGAUAUUUAGUGCAGAUGUGCACGCUAACACAUAUACAAAUGACCAAACAAUUGGUUUUGAUUUCGAAACGUCACAAGAAGAAGAAACUGUUCGUCUAAGUCGUUCAAGAAGAGAUGAUGACUAUUCUGAUGAGGGAGGCUUUGUGGCAGCCCCAGGACAUAGUGGUGAUGACGAUUUUAUAGCGAAUAUACGGGAUUGUGCGGAUGGGAGUACUCGAGCUCCAUGGGGAAAGUGUAUUUCGUGUAGAGAAUAUCAAAAAAAAUUCAGAAGAAUUGGUAUGGGCUGCUGA